AUGCAAGUUUUCAACUUAUCGAGCCUCCCACAGGGACUACUAGUAUUUCAGGCAUGGAUUCUGUACAGCAUCGGCAUUGUUGCCAUCACGCUGCGAAUCUUCUCCCGGCGGCGUCAUGUUCAUAACCUUGAUCUGUUCGCGGUAGAUGACUGGAUCAUGAUGACGGCUGUGCCGAUACUUUACACUGGGCUGGCAGUGGUCUCAACUCCAACAACUGCCAAAGACGGAAGCAACAUGUUCUCACCAGAAAUUGUGGAAGCAUUCAAAAAAGAUGGCUUCAAUAAUUGGAUCAAAGAAUCAACAGCCAUUGCUGUCGCUGAGCAGUGUAUGCACAACGUGAUGUCCGUAUUAAAACUAUGUAUGCUAUUGACAUUCGCUCGCAUGCUCAAAGAAACGACCGCCGCGAAAUGGAUCAAGGGUGCAGCAGUAUACAUCGUCAUCGGCUGGCUGGCGGUUGAAGUAGCCUUCUUUACGGUUUGCAGCACCGUCAAGGAGUUUGCUAUUGCACAUGCAAUAUUCAACUUCAGCAGCGAUGCAUUCAUGGUCGCGAUCUCGAUCUCGCUGAUCACGUCGCUCUCGCUACCGGUUAAACAAAAGAUCAAGCUAGUGAUGUUACUCGGCAUGGGCAGUUUUAUCGUCAUUCUAGCCCUUCUAGCAAAAUUUCACGACUUUACCGACGCAGACUCCACAACCCGUAUAGUUUGGUACACACGCGAGGCGUGUUUCGCAGUAUGCAUCACUAACGCGCUUGACUUUUGGUGUCUACUCCGCGGAAACAUGCUAUCUGUGCAUGACGCUAUCGAGUCAAACGUGCGAUGCACCGAAGCUCAGCAAGACGAGAAGACAUCUACUAGUAUGAACAAGCGUCAAAGCCACAUGCACGCCCUGCAAACCCCUGACGACUUGGAAUGCGAAGAAGCAAGCUGCGAUGAUCAGGAGAAACGAGUAACCAAUCAAGACGAAGCGAAUCCUUGGAAACGCAUCAUCGUAGACGUCCAAGUCGAUUUCAAGGUGGAGAUUCUAAAUGCCAGGUGCAUGGGGUCUUCUAUGAAGGCAGAGAAGUCGAGGACCGUGACGUGUGAGGGACCAGAUGCGCAACAUGGAAAGGACUGGUACGGUAGAUUUGCUUGA